AUGACGCUCGCGGAACACCCAAUCGAUACCCCGCCACGCCCGGCGUCGCCUGUGCACCGAUUCGGGACGCUGGCGGUGCACGCUGGAAGUCCGCAUGAUCCUGUUACUGGCGCUGUGAUUGAGCCUAUUUCGCUUUCGACGACGUUUGCGCAGACCAGUGUUGGUCGCCCGGUUGGCGAGUAUGAGUACUCACGCUCCUCGAACCCUAACCGAGACAACUUUGAAAAAGCCAUCGCCGCCCUCGAACACGCGCGCUAUGCCCUCGCCUUCUCGUCGGGCUCCGCCACCACAGCCAACAUCCUGCAAUCGCUGGCCGCAGGCUCCCACGUAGUCUCCGUCUCAGACGUAUACGGCGGCACGCACCGCUACUUCACCAAAGUCGCGCUCACACACGACGUCAAAGUGACGUUUAGCCCGAGCAUCGAAAUCGACAUUGCAGAGCUGAUCCGGCCCAACACCAAGCUCAUCUGGAUCGAGUCGCCGUCGAACCCGACGCUGACGCUCGUGGACAUCCGCAAGAUUGCUAGCAUCGCGCAUACGCACGGCAUCAUGGUGGUGGUGGACAACACGUUUAUGAGUCCGUAUGUGCAGAACCCGCUGGACCACGGCGCGGACAUUGUCGUGCACUCGGUGACAAAGUACAUCAACGGCCAUUCCGACGUGGUCAUGGGCGCCGCGGCUUUCAACUCGGACGCGCUGUACGAGCGGCUUUCUUUCCUGCAGAAUGCGAUAGGAGCCGUGCCCUCGCCCUUUGACUGCUGGCUUGCGCACCGCGGCCUCAAGACGCUGCACCUGCGUGCGCGCGAGGCAACCAAGAACGCAACGGGCGUUGCCACGGCCCUCGAAGCCUCGCCCCACGUCAUCGCGGUAAACUACCCAGGCCUCAAGUCGCACCCGCAGCACGCCAUUGCGCUGAAGCAGCAUCGCAACGGCAUGGGCGGCGGCAUGCUGUCGUUCCGCAUCCACGGCGGCCAUGCGGCUGCCGAGCGCUUCUGCCAGGCCACGCGCAUCUUCACGCUUGCAGAGUCGCUCGGCGGCGUCGAGUCGCUCGUCGAAGUCCCCAGCGCCAUGACGCACGGCGGCAUCCCGCGGGAACAGCGCGAGGCCGCCGGCGUCUUUGACGAUCUCGUCCGCAUCAGCUGCGGCGUCGAAGACGAGGCCGAUCUCGUCGCUGAUGUAGUCCAAGCCCUUGAGAAGGCUGUCGUUGGCGCCAAAAUCCAAAAUCCAAAUUAA